UGCUGUUUUCUAUCUGGGAGGCGGGCAGCGGAGGGAACCGAGUUUGUCACAGAAGGGGAGGAGGGUCUACAGCCUUGCUAGUAUUAAAAGGGAAAACUCUGCUCAAGCGCCAAAGCGCACAGCCAGAGAAAGGAAGGCGAGCAGGAAGUCAUUUCACAAGCAGAGCUGAGCUGGCAAGGCAGCAAGACACACAGGGACUGAGACUGAUUAAGAAUAUCGCAGAUACUAGAGAUUCAAGGUCAAUAUGGCCAUGCCAGAAAAAUCCAGUUGUACCAAACCAAGUGAGGAUUUCAGUCAUUUCCCUCAGAUUAUUGAACUCAAUGUCGGUGGUCAAGUGUACAUCACUCGCUAUCCUACUUUGAUUAGCAUUCCUGGUUCCCUGCUCUGGGAAAUGUUCAGUGAAAAGAAUCUUUGUUCCCUGACCCAGGACAACAAAGGGAGGUUUUUCAUAGAUCGAGACGGUUUUCUCUUUCGUUAUGUGCUAGACUACAUGAGGGACCGGCAAGUAGUGCUUCCUGACCACUUUCCAGAGCAUGGUCGGCUCCAGAGAGAAGCAGAAUACUUCAGGUUGCCAGAACUGGUCAAGAUGUUGGCUCCUAAAAUGAAUAAGCUCAACUCAGUUGGCAAUGACCUAUGCCAAAAUGACCUAGAAGAGCUAUCUCCCAGCAUUGACACCAUGUUUAAUCCCUCUUCAAGUAGUAUUGUCCAUAUUAGUGGCCCUGAUAACCCUCUAGCUCUGACAACAGGUACUGGUUCUCAUCUCAAGAAGGCAGGCUUCAUCACUAUUGGCUAUCGAGGCACUUAUACUCUGGGUCGGGACAGCCAAACAGAUGCCAAAUUCCGCCGUGUGGCCCGAAUCAUGGUGUGUGGUAAGAUCUCCUUGGCCAAAGAAGUGUUUGGAGAUACUCUGAAUGAAAGCAGAGACCCUGACCGUCCUCCUGAGAGAUACACUUCUCGAUACUAUCUCAAAUUCACUUUUCUGGAACAAGCCUUUGACAGACUAGCUGAUGCUGGCUUCCACAUGGUAGCAUGCAACUCCACUGGCACCUGCACUGUCACACAUGACCAAACAGAUGACAAGAUCUGGACCUCUUACACUGAAUAUGUUUUCUACCGUGAGUGACACUAAAAAAAAAAAAAAAAAAAAAAAAAAAAAAUCACCUGGAAAAUACAAACCAAAAAGUCAACUCUCUUUCCUCUCUCUGUUCCAGUGUCAACUAUCUCCUUUAGAAAUAGACACAUUACUCUUAGGCCUUGAGUCCUCUGUCUAAUCAUGGACAAUGUCACUCCCGUCACUGUAACCAGUUGAACCUUAUUUGGCAUUUUCUUCUUACACAUCAUGCCAUUUUAUCUGGCUUCCAACCUGCCUUGGGUUAUAUAUUUGGAUACCUUCUGAGGGAAAGUAUUAAAUGUGAAUAGGCAUGUCUAUUCACAUCGCUAUAGAUAGUAGAAAUGAAUUUGUUGGGUGAAUACAGAUAGAGCCACAAAAUUUAGUUAGUUGAGAAAUGCUGAGCCAUGGUUUCCAAACUUUCUUAGCACUCCACUAAAGUAUGGAUAUGCUUACAUGACUUAUUAUAUGUAUUCACCUAGGUAAAGCCCUGUUUUUUCCAUUCUGAGCUAGAGAUUGCUAUAGUAAUUAUUAAUAUGCUAUUUUUUCUUUUUGCAGUAGUGGGAUCGAAUUCAGAUCUUGCAUCCAUGCUAGGCAAGGCUUUUACCACUGAGCUACAUCACCAGCCCAGGAAUAUGCUUUUUAAAAAGUAAACACACACACACACACACACAGUUGCUAUUAUUUUACCAGGCUCAGUGGAAGAAGUUGACAAGGGUCCUCCAAAAGGUUCAUAGAAAGAUCAACCAAUUCUCAAACUAUCAAUUGCUCUUAACAGAAUGUGGGUGAAAAGAACCAGGUGUGGUAGCACAUGCCUAUAAUUUCAGCUACUCAGGAGACUAAGGCAGGAGGAUUACAGUUUUGAGAAUAUCCUGGACAACUUAUCAAGGCCCUGUCUAAAAAGGCCUGAGGAUGUAGCUCAGUGCUUACCUAGCAUGUGUAAGGACCUGGGUUAAAAAAAAAAAUGUGGGUGAAGAAAACAAUUUCUUAAGUGAUUAUUUUCAAGAAUAAAAGGCUUGGCACUGAAAUUCAUUUUACCUGAGAAAAAUAGGAUGAGUACCAUGGCUAUUACACAGAUAUAAGCAGAUAUGCCAUUUUAAAACACUGCCCCCAAAUACCUGUCUUAUUCAUUAGCAUUGUAGAUAUGGGAAGGGUAAGAAAAGUAUGUAGAUAAGGGAAGGGUAAGAAAAGAAUUGUUUUAUGUAAAUAUAUAUAUAUAUAUAUAUAUAUAUAUAUAUAUAUAUAUAUAUAUAUAUGUGUGUGUUAAUUUGGUUUUCACUGGUCAAAUAGUUGGAUGUAUAUGUCAGCUGUUAACUUGUUUUUUUCUUGACUAGCUGAAGUGAAUAUGUAUGUUUUUAUCUGGGAGUGGGAAUGAGAGAAGGUAGAAGAUGAAGAGGAAAAAAGAGAACUAAAAAAAACCAAUAAAUAAAAAUUCAUCUUCUGAAGCCUC